AUGUCGACACCAUCUCUAGGCACACUGCGAACAUCGCUGCUGAGUGCCGACAGCUUUCACCCCACACUCUUGAUCACGCUGCCAUCGCCCAAUGUGCCGGCCAAUUUGCACUCGCAGGCAUGCGACGCGAACCUGCUCGUGCACUUGCCCAGUGGUGUCUUCUACGACCCGUUCACAGCAAGCAACACGAUCAUCAAUGGUGGUGCGAGGAAAGCGAGGCGAGGCGAGGUGUUGACUGACUCGCGCGUGGAAUUGGAGGCGGCGGUGGGAUGGACAGCUCGUCCAUCUGCCAAGGCGGAGCGACAGUGGUGGGAGCGAGCCGAGGCAGACGAGAGACGAAGCGUGGAUAUGCAGGAUGUACUGUCUGCCGCGCUCAGGCAGGCAGCCGGACAGGUGGUUACAGACCAGCUGCCGGUCAAGUUAAGUCUGGAUAAAGACAGAGCCCGAGUCAAGGCAAGCGAUCAAAAUGGCAAGCAAAACCAAAGCCAGACGUUUAAGCAGGAACGAAGCACAGUGGUGAUCCCGGUUCCUGUAGACGAGUUGUUGACCGCCGAUGGGCUGUUCCAAGUGCACGUCCCACUGCAUGUCCGCUACCAUCCUCCAGCCACGCGCGAUACGCGUGAGCCGUCUGGUGUCACCCUGAUACGCGAAAUCGCGCCCUCCUCCCUCCGCCAAUUGUACUACCAUGUACUAGAACGAUUAGGCCACUCAUCCACGCGCCCGUCGACCUUGAACCAGCAUGCGAAAAUCACGCUUCUCGCACCGAAUUUGUACAUCUCGUGCUCAGACACAUCCUCAACCCGCUCACCGGCGUCCCUGCUUCCACCAUCGCAUGCACACCUCCAACCGCAACUGAUGGCGCACCUCACCUCCACCGGCACGCAGGCAAGACACAUUGUUGCUCUCGCGAGCUCAUUAAAGAAUGACCGUCUAGCGUUGAGGGUCCCAGUGCCAGAUGCAGCGGUGUUGGACGCAGUGCACGGCGUGACCAUGUUGACCGUGGUAGGCGCGGCGGUGACGGUGGCGUACCAUUUGUUGGUCAAUGUUGUGCCGCUGUUGGAAGGAGUGGAGAAGCUAGGCUAG